CACCCGUACGUCGACAUCAACUCUUCUUUGCCCUGUUAGUCUUUGCGUCCUUCUUCCUCCCUCCCAACCUUUCCCCGACGUUUCAUUUUCAUUCAGAAACCCUAGAACCUUCGUCGCCAUGGAGGAUUCUCAUCGGUUAUCUGUUCAUCGAUUUCGCAAAAUGUCGAUGGGAAAACCCAAGGACGGGGACCUACAGCUGGCCGCCAUGGCUGAUAAGUCAAAACCUGGGGCAGCAUCGACGGCGCUUGUGGAGUACGCAGGGCCAGUUUUCAAGGAGGAAGAAGAAGACCUCGAGAUUAAGCUCCGCCGCAUCAUGGAAAACGUGCCUGUCCGUGUUAGCAACACAUCUGGAAGUUCUGCCGGUUCCGGCUUGGGAGACUUCCAUCAGUAUCGGCAGAUGAGACGAAAAGAGCCAGACCGGCUUGCUAUAUCACCUGCUCUCUGGCCGCCAUCGUUCACAGCAAUGGCAGAAAAGAAGAGAGCAACGCAUCCCAAAGCAAAGUCUCUCAAGAACCAGAAGAAAAGCUCCAAGAAGAUUGGCGACAGUGACAUGAAAAGAAAAAGAAGUGGUCCACGGUUGCCUAAUUCAAUGCGAAAAGAACUGGAGCGCCUAAAUAAAACCAGUUCCUUGCACAACAGCGACAACGAAGACAUAGAUUCUGAUGAAGGCAAUGAUUUUUACGAGUACAAAGAGCCUCUUCCUCAGGAAGAGUCUAGGAAGAACCGCCGUUACGAUCCAGUCGAUAAUUACGAAUACCAGCUGCCUGACAACUUUGAGGAUGAGAAUGUGCUAUCCGAUGAUGAUGAUGAGAAUGAUUAUGAUAGCAGUGAUAGAACAGAAAGUUCAAAGCAACUUGGUGAUGAGGUUGAAGAUGACGAUGAUGAAAGGCACAUGAGGAUGUUGCAAGGGAUCACUGGAAUGCCAAGCAAGGUUUUUGAAGGCAAGAAGAAAAAGAAGAAAAACAUUGUUAUGUCUGAAGCAUAUCCAGAAUCUGAAUUUAAUCCAAGUCGCGAUGUUUUAGAAGGCAGUGGUCAAAUUACCAUUGAAGAUCUUCUAGAACCUCUUCAAGGAAAAGCUGGAUAUAGUAAACUUAGAAAGAGAAUGCAUCAAAUGGAUAAAAAGUCUGUAGCCAUUCAAGCACCACUUCCAAAGGUAGAGCAAGACAAGUUGGAGAGAAAGGCUGUGUAUGAAUUUUCAAAGAAGGAUAUUACCAAGUGGGAGCCUUUAGUCAAGAUGAAUAGGGAGGCACCUACUAUUGUUUUUGAUGAAGAUACAAACAUAGGGUUUUCAACUGUAGGAGCAAUAGCGUCUGGAUUUGAACCUAGAACUGAGUUUGAGAAGAAAAUGGCAACAUUAGUCAAUGAUGAAAAGGUUGCUGAAGCUCAUAAAGAAGAUGGUGCUAGGCUUCUUGAAAUGAACAAGAUUUCUGUUGAAGAUUAUUUAGAGGACCGGAAUCAUAUAGCUAAAAUGCGAAGCCUUCUUUUUCGCCAUGAGAUGAAGAGAAAACGUGUCAAGAAGAUUAAGUCAAAAACAUAUCAUCGUUUAUUGAAGAAAGAUAGAUUAAAAGCAGCAUCUGCUGAAUCUCUGAUGGAUCCAGAAGCAGCAAAAGAAGAGGCAAGGAAGCAAGAAUUUAAACGAGCUGAGGAGCGUAUGACUUUAAAGCACAAAAACAGUUCAAAGUGGGCUAAGCGCAUUUUAAAACGUGGCCUGAAUACUCAAGAUGAAGGCACUCGAGCUGCAAUAGCCGAACAGCUCAACCAACAUGCCAUUUUGACUAGGAAAAUGAACUCUAUGAAGGAUAGUAGCAGUAGCAGUAGCAGUGGCAGUGGUGAUAGUAGUGAUGAGGAAGAUAUAGAUAGAAACUCUGCUGAUUCAGAAGAGGAUGGGGCAUCCAAAUUGCUUGCAAAAGCAAAAGAGAAGACGCUCAAAAUAUUAGAAGAAGAAGAUGAGAUUCCUAAUUCGGGAGUGCUUUCAUUACCUUUCAUGGUGCGUGGGGUGAAAAAAAGGAAGGAAGAAGCUAUUGAAGAAGCCAAGCUUGCUCUUCAAGAAUAUGAAUCAUCGUUGAAGGAGUUCGAGGGUAUAGGUGAGGAAGAAAAUUCAAAAGCAGGUGUUACAAGUGGUAGAAGGGUCUUUGGUGCUGUUCAAAAGGAGGUUUCAGAACCCAAUAAAAAGAUCAAAACAGAUAACUAUUAUCGUAAUAGUGAUAGUGAAGAUGACCUGGAGCCUAAAGAAAAUUUAGAAGUUGGUAAUAGGAAGAACAAUGAUUUGCAGAAGGAUGUUAACAUUAAUUCUGUCUUACUUAAUGAAGAUACUGAGAGUCAUCAGGAUUCUGUGUUUAAGAGCUUUGAUGAAGUUGUUAGAGACUCUGGUCCAAAGACAUCAUAUGAUGUUUCUAUUUUUGCGUCAGGCACAUGGAAACAGAUGAAAAGUGGAAAUAAGAUGGACACUGAUACCAAGAAGCCUAUAAAGGACACUGAUGCCAAGAAGCCUACAAAGGUUGUCAAAUGUGUAUGGGAUAAUCAAGGUUUGGAGGAGAUGAACGAUGAAAGUAAUAGUGAUAGCGAUGAUGGCGAAAGAGAGAUGGUGGAUGGAAUUAUCUCUUCUGAACCUAAAGCGUCAUACAAACUUCCUUCUCAAGAAGAACUUAUUCGUCUUGCUUUUGCGGGUGAUGAUGUGGAGGAAGAUUUUCAGAAGGAUAAAGAAAAGAUCCUGAAUGAAGAGAAUCCUGUACCUGAAAAGCCUUACCUACUUUUAGGUUGGGGGCAGUGGACAAGUUUUCAGCAAAAGAAAGGCUUACCUUCUUGGAUGGUGGAAGAGCAUGAAAAUGCAAAGAAGAAGAGGGAAGACGCUAUGAAAAGGAGGAAGGAUGCACGCCUCAAACAUGUGAUUAUUUCUGAGAAGUUGGAUGAAAAGGCUGAGAAAUUACAUACAAAGACAUUGCCUUAUCCUUUCACGUCAAAAGAAGUCUUUGAGCAAAGCAUUCGUGUUCCUGUUGGACCGGAGUUCAAUCCAGCAACUGCCAUUGGAGCUCUGAAUCAGCCAGAAGUGAAGAAGAAAUCUGGUGUCAUUAUAAAACCAAUCAAGUUCGAGGAAGUGAAUCCUCACGAAAAAACAAAGGACCACAAGCCGCAUGGACAGAAACAAAAGAUGAACAAGAAUAAAGGUGUCAGUAACAGAAGACCAAAAUCAAGGCCAGUGGUGGUAAAAUCAUGAAUUGGUGAACAUAACUGACCUAGAUCUAAUCAAUACUGCUCACACAUGUUUCAAUUUUGUUUUUUGUUCUUUGGAAAACUGGGUUAUUGAAGAAUAUAUGUAUGAUUGUAGGAAUUGAGGUGCCUCUGAUCGAAUUUGAAUAGACAAUUCAUUAAUAGUAUGAUUCCUGGUUAUUGUUAUCGAAA